AUGCCUUGGAGACCUAGCCAGCAAAAUCGUCUGGUGACGGAAAAAAGUAUUUUAGAAAAAUUCUUUCCUGGUCGAGUUCAGUGGAUAGAACCACAAGGUGACACAAAAGUUGAAGUUUCGCUCAACACAAACAAUGACCAUCAAUACCGCGUGAGAAUAUAUUUGAACGACGACUUCCCAAAUUCUCUACCAGAUAUGAUUUGUCAUUCCAAUGCACCACACUGGACUGACCGUGAUACUCUGUAUAAAGUCGUGAUGAAAGGGAGGUUGUGGUUGGAGGCAUACGAGGCAUAUUUGGAGACAGGCGCCUGCCUUAGUGAAUAUCUGGUUGAGAUGGCAUAG